UCAAGCGAGACCUGGAUGACAGCUCGAGGCUGGUUGACUCGCACCUCACAGUUUUUAAAGUGACGGGAGCUCUUGACAGGGGCAGUUGGACUAGCGCGUCACAGGGAUACACGCGCGAUUGGGAUAGCUGGACACUAGUCAACACACUUGAUUGGGAUAGCUGGACACUAGUCAACACACUUCACUGGGAUAGCUGGACACUAGUCAACACGCUUGAUUGGGAUAGCUGGACACUAGUUUGACUUGUAGACGGACACACGUUUGAUUGGGAUACACGGACACAGAUUUUACUAUGGCCAAAGUUGUUAUCUUCAGUGCCGGAUAUCUUGUUCUGAUGCUGCUGACAGGAGGCGAUGCCAUUAAAAUUACAAGCUGCAGCAAAGACCCCGCCGCUGACAUCGUGAAGGUCAAGAGCCUGGACUCCAGCCCUAACCCGAUCAGAAUACCUGGCAACUUGACCCUGGCCACCUCUCUUGUCGUCAGCCAGCCAAUCACAGGCAACAUACAAGCUGACGUCACGCUGAGCAAGAGUAUCGCGGGGAUGUGGCUUGACCUGCCCUGCUUCCCCUCGCCAUUCGGACCAAUAGGAACUUGCACAUACAGAGACUUGUGCGGUUUGCUGGGUAGACUCAAUGGCGCAUGCCCCGCCCUUCUGACCAGCAACAACAUCCCGUGCGCAUGUCCGAUUGCAGCCGGAAGUUACACCCUGAAGCAGACGACACUGCCACUAGAGAUCAAACUUCUGGGAACCGACUUGCCAGGAAUAAGUGGAGACUACCAGGCCAGCAUCAGGGUCAAGGACGCAGACACCCAGACUGAGAUCGUCUGCUUUGACGUCACGUUUGAAAUCGCCGAUCCACCUAGGCCAAAGAUUUUCCGUAGCCUUGGGCGCUUCCUGUCAAAUAUUUUUGGUCGCUAGACCUCGGGCGGGCCCGUUGUUUAGUCGGCCACUAGACAUUUGGUCCAUAGUUUAGCUGUCCAUUAGACCAUUUGCCUAAAUGACCACUAAACCGUGGACCCUUUGUUUAAGUAGCUGGCCACUAGAGCAUUGGCCCAUUGUAUAGAUAGCAGACAACUAGACCAUUGGCCUAAGUGGCAACAAGACCAUGGACCUAUUGUUAAGUAGCUAGCCACUAGACCAUUGAUCCAUUGUUUAGCUGGCCACUAGACCACUAGAGCCUAAGACUACUGCUUACUUUAAUAACUUUUUUGUACUGGCGUUCUAUUUUUAUCCCCGUAGACCUGCCUGCAUGAGAUCUAAAAUGUUACCGCCAGCUAGUAUUUCUGACAACAACACACAGCCAUAAUUUGACCUCAGCUAAUAUUUCUGACAACAGUACACGGCCUGGUUUAAUAAUCAGUCAAGUAACACCUGAUUCUUAACCGAUUUUAAAUCUCUCUUGAUAUGCUGCCUAGUUUUGCCUUAAAACCCCGACAAUCUACAUCUAAAAAAAAACCUUCGUGAAAUGUAAACUUGGCAUCAUGUGUUCCCCCUACCCUCACCACAACACGUAGUGAUUGUGUAAAGAAAAAAAAACUUGUAUCGAAACCUCCAUCAAAUAAUGUAUGUAAUAGCUGGAGUAAAUUAAUAUCA